AUGCGCCAGGUGUCUCCGGAAAGCCCAGACAUUUUCGACUUCAUCAUGGAGCUCUAUCGUGCUUGCAGUGGAGAUUGGAACACCUUGGUGACGGAAUGCAAUAUCCUUCUCGAGGAGCUUGAAGCCUUUUUCGAGUAUGCUGGCAUGUUUCUCUGCAACUUGGGCAACCUUUACGGCGAAGGCGAUCAAAAGUUUGUUCCUGACUUAACCGCUAAGGACGGACUGGAGAAGUUCAUCGACCCGUUGUUGGCAGUCCCACGAUUCAGCCUCGGAUACCCCAGCAAGAGCGCGCACUGUUGCGGGCUUCUGCCGAGACCGGUGUUUCCAACAGAACUUCACGAACUUGCCGGUGAUAUCUUUGUCGUCAAGGGCAAUCACGCCGAAGAACUAGCCAAGGUGUGUUGGGCUCUAGAAAAACCAAAUGAGUAUGCAGGUAACAACAAGCAAACCCAACUAUUGUCGCAUUACAUCGAAUGCUUUCGCACUAGAAGCUUGGAAGCUUUCCAAGAGGCGCAAAAGGCAUGGGUGACGCAUGUGGCUACAAGAGUGGAACACUUGAUGGGCUUUAUCGAGCCUUACCGCGAUCCGGCCGGAAUCAGGUCGGAGUGGGAGGCCAUGGUAGGAAUCACCGAUCCGGACGAGGCGGCCCGGUUGAAGCGCCUGGUUGAGAGUUCAACUGCCGUCAUUCGACAACCCCCCUGGGCGGUUGAGGAUGCGAAUGACGGCAAAGGACCGAUCGAGGAGAGCCUGUUCGAGGCUCUUGACUUCACGAGCGUCCACGCGCUCGCCGUAUGCGGUAGUAUCGUCUUCGAAGCCGCCAAUCUUCCCAACUACGAAUACAUUCGAGAAACCUGCGGCUUCAAAAACGUCGUUCUCACGAAUCGUCUAAACGCCAACAACAACCCCCAGCUACCGUGCUAUUGGGUCGCUCCAUCCCAGUUGAAGUUCUUCAAGGACACCACGCGCAUUGUCAGAUUCAUCACCACGGCCACCCACGAGCUACUUGGUCACGAAACCGGCAAACUCGCCACUGAAACCGCACCAGGCAUCUACAACUUCAACGAGCAGAACCUGCCCACCAGUCCCAUCAGCAAGAAAGCCAUAACCUCGCACUACCUGCCUGGCCAGACAUGGGCAAGCGUCUUUGGCAAGUUGGUGGGGACGGUGGAGGAGUGUCGUGCUAUUUUGGUCUCGGAAUAUCUCCUGGACGACAAAAACCUGCUGGGGAUUUCCGGUUACACUGAUGACAGUGAAAUCACAGCUAGUGAUUUCCUCUACGCCACCUAUCUUAAUAUCGGCGUCGAUAUCCUUCAAGCUCUCGAAGAUUACAAUUUUCAGAAUCAGGCUUGGGGCCAAGUCCACCACCAGGCCAACUUCUCCAUCCUCAAACACCUCCAAGAUGGCGAUGGCGUUAUCCGCUUCGCCCACGACCCCGCCAAGUCGAGCCUCACCGUCCACAUAGACCGCAGCAAGAUCAUCUCGCCCGGCAAACCCGCCCUAGGCCGCUACCUCUCCCGCCUGCACAUCUGGCGCUGUACCGCCGACGUUUCCUCUUGCAAGGACUUCUACGAGCCCCGCUGUGCAGUCGAGGGGAAGUACGAGCAGUGGCGACGGAUUGUGUGUUCGAAGCCGAGUCCAAGAUGGAAGCUUGUGCAGCCCAAUACCUUUGUGAAGGGGGACACUGUGGAGAUGAAGGUGUACGAGGAAAAUAAUAGAGUUAUUAUUCAGUCUUGGGUUGAGAGGGACGUUUGAGGUUAUUGGCGGCCCCUUGAUGGCAUCUGUCACGGCCCAUAUCGUGACCCAGGC